AUGGGGUUUGGAAAGAGGUGGACUGGUUGGGUGUUGGAGUGUGUGUCAACAGCGAGAGCAGCGGUACUUAUCAAUCAUAUGGUCACAAAUGAGUUUAGAAUCUACAGAGGUCUCAGACAAGGGGACCUAUUAUCAACAUUCUUAUUUAUUCUAGUGAUGGAAGUACUGCACUUGGUGAUGGAUAAAGCUGAGGAAAUGAGGAUCAUUGAGGGGAUAAAAGAUGUUAUACUUGGUCAGUCAUUCACACAUUUACAAUUCGCGGAUGACACCAUUUUAUUUUUGAGGGCGGAUAAGGAAGUGGUGAGGAAUACUAAGUAUAUUCUUCGUUGCUUUGAAAUUUUCUCUAGGUUAAGUAUUAAAUUUCGUAAGUCAUGUAUUGUGGGGUUUGGCAUUGAUGAGGAGUUUAUGUACAGAAUGGUUGUUGUUUCUAAGUGUAAGAUAAAGGAAUUGUCGUUCAAUUACUUGGGAAUUCCAUUAGGAGUUGAUCCAAGGAAGAUUUCUACUUGGAAUGGAAUCGUGGAAAGAGUUGAGAGGAAACUAUCGGGCUGGAAGUGUCGUUCUCUCUCUUGGGUAGUGAUAAUACUCUAA